AUUGUAUUCUUUUCCAUAUAUUUUUUUGUGGAAAUAUGUAAUCAUACAAAAAGGUAACAAUUUUUCCCGUUUAUUUGUAAGUAAAUAAUGAUUAUUGUACGAAGAGACGCUAUUAAAUGCACAUACGAUAGCAUCACUUGGCUUUUAGGGACGCCAUGAUCGACAAAUCAUGGCAACACCAGAGUCGUGGUAGCGUCCACCACACCGAUUUCUUUAUAAGAAAAUGAAUAAAUAUCUCUAAACAUGAGUGCUAAGCCAUUGAGAAAUAGUAAAGGUGUAAAUAAACCCUUUCGGUCUCCAUUUAGUACCCCUCAAAAUAAUGAUAAAAAAGAUAACAUAAGUGAACCAGAAACAAGUACAUAUAGAACACCGUUAAAAGUAUCUGUAGCGAAAAGAUUGCUUUUUCAACAAUCUCCUUCUUCCAAAAAAUUAUAUUUAGACACAGAAAAUUGUAACAAAGAGAUUGACAUUGAAGUAAAAGAAAAAUUAUAUCAAACUGAUUUAGAAUUAUUGAGAAAGAGCAUACAGGAAAAGGAAGAAACUAUUAAAAUUUUAAAAACUGAGUUAUCAUAUAAAAAAAAGAACAAAGCAGAAAAUUUAGAAGAUGCUAUAAAAAAGUGGACAGAAUGUUGUCAAAGUGCUCUUAUAGACCAUCAAAAAAUUUUGCAAGGAGAAGGUGGUCAAAUAGUAAAAAUGUCCGAAAUUUUGUCUUCAUUUAACAUUAAUCCUGAUAUAGUUCAUUUCUCUAUUAAUGAUGAUACAUUUUAUUAAUUAAAUAUUAAAAAGGAAAUAUCCUAUAAUAAUUUGUAUUGUAAUUAUUUUAUUUUUAUAUUUUUAUAAUACAUAUGUACAUAUCUUAAAUAAAAAUGGAUCAGUAGAAAUGUGAAUGCCUAC